UUCAGCUACUUAAGCCUCUGAAGCUCCACACCUCCAGCAGCAGCAGCAGCAGCAGAUGAUCAGAGCUACCGGCAGCAUGGAGACUCUCCUGAGAGGUAUCCCAUCCUUUGAGAGAAUGGCAGGUGCAUUUUCUUACGAGAGCUCUGAUGUGGACUGGUGUGAGGAUAACUACAAACAUUCAGACAAUGUUGUGGAGUACUUCAACACAAUGAGUAGCUUCGUUUUCUUCGUCUUUGCACCCAUAAUGCUGUACCUGCUACACCCAUACGCCAAGGAACGGAACCUGGCGGUCCACCUGGUCUGGCUCAUGAUGAUCUUUGUAGGCCUCUUCUCCAUGUAUUUCCACAUGACCCUCAGCUUCAUGGGGCAGAUGCUGGAUGAGCUGUCCAUCCUGUGGGUGCUGGCCCUCGGCUACUCGCUCUGGUUUCCUCGCAUGUACUUCCCAUCUUUCGUUAAAGACAGGAGAUCUUUCGCUCGCAUGGUGCUGGUCAUCACCGUCAUAACCACAGUAUCUUCGUUUGUCAAACCCACGGCUAACGCUUACGCCCUCAACUGCUUCGGCCUGCAUGUCCUCUACUCCCUCUAUUUAGAGCUGAAGAGCUGUACAGAUAAGCGAGUGCUACGUCUGGCCUGGGCCUCCACUGGUCUUUGGGUGCUGGCCAUUUCCUGCUGGAUCAGCGAUCGCUUUGGCUGCAGCUUCUGGCAAAAGCUCAACUUCUGCUAUUUGCACGGCAUCUGGCACAUCCUGAUUGUGGUGGCCACGGCUUAUGGCAGCACUCUGAUCGCUUACCUGGACGCCAGCCGAGAGAUUCCCUACUCGCUUCCUGACCUGCAGUACUGGCCUCGGGACAACUGGGCCUUGGGCCUGCCCUACAUAGUCCUCAAGGGUUCUGCCAAGACACAUAAGCGAUGCUAGAGAAUUGGAUGGGACUGGAUUUGGUCGGGAAGAAAUAUCUUCAUCAGGAUCCGUGCACUGUUUUGCACUGAACAGUUAUCCUGCUCUAACCCAUGCACUCAGUAUAGGAGCAAGGAAAAUGCUAAACAUAUGUGGGAUAUGGAGGAUUUCAUAAAAUAGGGUUUCUUUAUGAAAAAAAAUGGACAGUUUAAGCCCAAAAAUGAGGAUUUCCCUAUUGAAAUGAUAAUAUAGUACAUUCUAGUGGACUGGUUUGACAGGCUCAUGUGUAGCUGUACACAUAACUCAUAUAAAGCUAAGAUCUCAUGUCUACUUAUAAUUGUCUCCUAGAGAGAAGCGUAAAGCCCUCAGCGUUGUUCUAAAGAGCAAUGAUCCAACAUCUAAUGUAAAUCCUUCCCAGUAGAGUAGAGGCUGUUCUGAAGCUAAAGGAGGACAAACCUACUAUUAAUAAUCUUCAUUUCAGAAGAGAAGCAUGAGAAAAACAGGUGUCCCAAUACUUUUGGCCAUAGUGUAUCUGGCUAACUAAGAAGAGUGAUAAACAGAGAUGUAAAGAUGGGGUCUUUGCAACCCCAGACAGACAGAUACUUAAUACAGAUACUAAUCUUAAUAUAAUUCUUAAUCCUGAGGAAACUUGACCUUUAUAAUACAUUCAAUUAUUAUAUUCAAUCCAUAAUUCCACUCAGGAUUGUGUGUUUUUUUUUAUGUAUACAAUAUAUCAGCAAUAACAUUAAAUCCACUUACUGGUUAAGUGAAUAACAUUUAAUGAUCUGGCUUCAGUAGCUCCAGUCUAGCCUAAUCUAGUCAGUUUUUGAAGUUGAUGAUGUCAUAGUGACGUCUAGACGACUGGGUCCGAACAUCUCCAGAACUUUAGGCAGGUUUGGUAGGGUGUUCCUGGUAUGCAGCGCUCAGUGCCUACCAAAAGUGCCUCAGUUUGUGUUUUAUACAUAUUUGUAUUUAACAUAUAUUUAUGUAUGUACACAGGAUUGUGAGGAUUGUUUUUGGUCAAUUUACCUCUUAUAAAAAUGUAUUUUACAGAAAUAUUUAAGAAUUGGGAGCCUUAUUGCGCCCCAAUUGCUGAAUCACUCAAAUAGGAAUGUGUGUGUGUGUGUGUGUGUGUGUGUGUGUGUGUGUGUGUGUGUGUGUGUGUGUGUGUGUGUGUGUGUAUGUGUGUGUGUAUGUGUGUGUGUAUGUGUGUGUGUAUGUGUGUGUGUAUGUGUAUGUGUAUGUGUAUGUGUAUGUGUAUGUGUAUGUGUGUAUGUGUAUGUGUAUGUGUAUGUGUAUGUGUAUGUGUAUGUGUAUGUGUAUGUGUGUGUGUGUGUGUGUGUGUGUGUGUGUGUGUGUAUGUGUGUGUGUAUGUGUGUGUGUAUGUGUGUGUGUAUGUGUGUGUGUAUGUGUGUGUGUAUGUGUGUGUGUAUGUGUGUGUGUAUGUGUGUUUGUGUGUGUGUGUGUGUGUGUGUGUGUGUGUGUGUGAAUUAAGCCUAGUCUUGGACUAUACAGUCUUUGAAUGAAAAAUAGACUUAAUUCCUCUCUAGGAAACUGACCCAUUGUUUAUUGGGACUACUGUAAUUUUUACAGUGUAUUUUAUGCAAUGAAAUAAAUAUCUAUAUUUUUAACUAAAUUAUUAUUACAUAUGCAAUAAUUACGUAUUAAAUUGAAAGGUCCAUGAUUUUAACUGUGUACUGGUACUGUAUACUUUACUGUAAGGACAAUCCUUGAUCGUGUUUGAUACUUUUUCCCCUGAUAACAGCACCACCUAGUGUAGUUGUGUGGUGUUGCAUCACUUUUUGUAUACUGUUUAUUAAUAAAGAAAAGCACAGAUUUGUCCACU